AUAGCACUUAAUGCGUAUAGUUCCUACCGUUUACUAAAUAUAAGUUGUAUCAUAUUGCAGGGUCAACACUCGAGCUGAAGUUCAUUCACAGAGUAAAUAUUGAUGGGGGAUCACUCUAAAAACUUUCUGCUGUUUCCGCUUGAUCAGAUCACUAACAUGGAGUCCACAGCUGAGCCACCACUUCAAGAGACAUACAAAGCUCUCUUAGAUUCCAAAAGCUCCAUCAAUAAUGUUGGUGCCAACAUGCAGCCGGUGACAGAGCUUGUGGAGGAAUGCGAGCUGCCAUUGAUUGAUCUUAGCAUGUUGGGUCUGGGAGAAUCCGAAAGGGAAAAAUGCAAGGCAGAAAUAGCUGAGGCUUCGCAGGAAUGGGGUUUUUUCCAGGUAAUAAACCAUGGAAUUUCAGAAGAAAUUCUGGAGAAGAUGAGAAGUGAACAGGUGGAUGUAUUUAAGAAGUCAUUCCGUGAGAAAGAAAGGGUUUUUCCGGCCGGAACUUACAGGUGGGGAACUCCUUCAGCCACUUGUUUACCGCAGCUGUCAUGGUCAGAAGCUUUUCAUGUACCUCUGAUCGAUAUUUCAAGCUUAGGAGGCUUUACUAGUAUCAGCUCAACAAUGGAACAAUUUGCGGGGACUGUUUCUGAACUAGCACAAAAAUUAGCUGAGAUCUUGGCAGAGAAAAUGGGGCAUAAAGCUACUUUCUUCAGAGAAAAUUGUGUUCCCAGCACUUGUUAUCUUCGAAUGAACAGAUAUCCACCGUGUCCUAUAUCGGAGAUUUCAGGACUAAUGCCACACACAGACAGUGAUUUUCUCACGAUAUUGCAUCAGGAUCAGAUUGGAGGACUACAAUUACUUAAAGAUGGUAAAUGGUUUGCGGUGAAGCCUAAUCCGCAAGCUCUGAUCAUCAAUAUAGGGGACCUUUUUCAGGCAUGGAGCAAUGAUGUUUACAAGAGUGUUGAACAUAGAGUUGUUACGAAUAAGGUAGUAGAGAGGUUCUCUACUGCUUAUUUCUUAUGUCCAUCUUACGAAACUCGGAUACAAAGUUGCAUGGAGCCUUCAGUGUACAAAGAAUUCAGCUUCGGCGAAUUUAGGCAACAAGUCCAACAUGAUGUCAAAAAACUGGGUUAUAAAGUAGGACUUCCGAGAUUCAUAGUAUAAUCACAACUAUAGACCAAAUAUUUGGCUAAUUAGGGAGAACAAUGAACAUUAUAUGUUUAUUAUUAAACAAAUUACUCAAACAUAUAUAACAAUAUGUUUGGUGUAGUUUAAUAAUAAUCAUAUAAUGUUCAUUAUUCUUCCUAGUUAGUUAGACAAAUAUUUAAACUAUCUCUGUAGCUAUGAUCAUAUGAUAGAAUAUUGUAAGACCUACUUUAUAUUCAGUUUUUUUGACAUCAUGUUACUCUCAAAAAAAGAGAAAAACCCAAACAUAUCGUUAUACCCCUUAAAAAGUAGGAAUGUAAAAUGAGGGGAGCCGUUAUCAUAAGCUAUAUAAUUUUGUUAAGACAUAGUAAUUUUGUAGUUCGUAUCUUCUGUCUCCCUUUGAGGUACCAGUCUUCUCUGGUCAGAUACAGGAGUAUAAAUUUUUUGUCCUGAGCUUUGUGGAAGUAAAUGCUUGCGUUGAUUUAUAUAUGCAACUAGAUGUGUUUUUAUACAUGGCGACAUGGCGUUAGUUGAACUGAUGCUUGUGUAGAAACAUUUUCGACAAAAUUAGUUG